GGAAGAAAGAAAUGACAUACAGAGAGAAGCUAUAGAGAAAGAAGAAGUUAGGGAUGUGGAGAUAGAAGAAGGAGAGGGAGGAAAGAGAAUGGAGAAGGAUAUGAGGAGGUGCAGAAGAAGAGGAAGAAAAGGGGCAGGGAUGAGAAGGAGAUUUGAAAUUAUAAUAGAACACCAAUCUAUACCCCAUUCAAUUCGGCAAAGAUACUAGUCCAGUUGUGUCUGAAAUUCAAGUCUAACUUUAUUACGAUACCGUAAAUCGACGGAAUUCGGAUACGGAUCGGAACCACCAUCAUCACGUGAGAAUUGUUUUUGUUGACAAGAUACAUGCAUUACUGCUAUCGGAAAAUUUGGAAGAUCUUACUGAGUUGGGUAUUUCGAGUCCUUUCAAAAUGGCCAAAGCUGUGCCUACCUAUUGCCUUGGAGAACACACCUUAUCCGUUCCCCGCACCCUCCAUGCCACCAACCGUGAGAGGCUAUGCAAAAGACUCAAAGCUGAUCCUCAGCUACCAUCAGGUGCCAUUGUUCUCUUGCAGGGAGGCGAACAAGAGAUGAGAUAUUGCUCUGACCAUGAACCUCUCUUUAGACAGGAGUCUUACUUUCACUGGGCCUUUGGUGUAAAUGAAUCCUCAUUCUAUGGAGCCAUUGUCGUCGAUACCGGUAAGGCUAUUCUGUUUCCUCCGAAGCUCCCAGAAGUGUAUGCUGUAUGGAUGGGAAGAAUCCAACCUAAGGAAUUCUACAAAGAAAAAUAUGCUGUAGAUGAAGUACAUUACUCACAAGAUAUUGCCUCAGCCCUUGCCUCUUACAAGCCGACUGUUCUACUUACAUUGAGAGGACUGAACACAGAUAGUGGGAAACACAGCAAAGAGGCAACAUUCGAUGGCAUUGAAAAGUUCAGGGUGAACAACUAUAUCCUUCAUCCUAAUAUUGCUGAAUGCCGGGUGUUCAAGACCCCAGAGGAACUGACAGUCCUGCGCUAUGUCUGUCAGGUUUCAAGCCGUGCUCACAUUGAAGUCAUGAAGAACAUCAGACCUGGCAUGUAUGAAUACCAGCUAGAAAGCUUGUUUAGGAACUACUGCUACUCUCAAGGGGGCUGCCGCUUCAUGUCAUACUCCUGUAUUGCAGCCAGUGGAUGUAGUGCUGCAAUUCUUCACUAUGGUCACUCAGGAGCUCCCAAUGAUAGACAGAUUCAAGAUGGAGACAUAUGUUCAUUUGAUAUGGGAGGGGAGUACUACUGCUACGCCUCAGACAUCACCUGUGCUUUUCCUGCUAAUGGCAAGUUUACUGCAGAUCAGAAGAUCAUCUAUGUUGCCGUCUUGAAAGCCAACAGAGCGGUUCUCAAUGCCUGUAAACCAGGUGUGUCAUGGCCUGACAUGCAUCGUCUAGCAGAGCGGACAUUCUUAGCCGAGUUGGUGGACCAUGGUUUGCUUCAAGGUGACGUUGAUGAGAUGAUGGCAGUUCGUCUAGGAGCGAUCUUCAUGCCUCAUGGCUUGGGUCAUUUCAUGGGAAUCGACACACACGAUGUCCAUGGAUAUCCUGAGGGUGUCGAAAGAAGCACAGAGCCUGGACUAAGAUCCCUCCGUACAGCUCGUACUCUAGAAGAGGGUAUGGUACUCACUAUAGAACCAGGCAUAUAUUUCAUUGAAGUGCUGUUGGAUGAAGCGCUGAACGACCCAGCAAGAUCUAGAUUCAUGGUGCCCGAAGUCUUGCAGAGAUUCAGAGGAUUUGGAGGGGUCCGUAUUGAGGAUGAUGUAGUGAUCACAGCUGAUGGUGCCGAGCUUCUUAAUGACGUUCCCAGGACGGUGGAAGCUAUUGAAGAAGUCAUGGCUAAAGGAAGACAGGCUUCGGCUGUAGCUUAAUCAACCAGCGGGAGAAGAUUAUCGCACAACGACUGAAAUCAAAUCCAUGACUACAGAGGCUUGCAGUGGAAUGCGGUGGAGUCUGCAUUACCCUAAUAAAAGUGUAUCAAGUUGAGGCAUUUUUCAAGACCUGAAUAUACAAAUCAUCGUCCAAGCCAAAUAGAUAUCAGGGCCCCAUCUUACAAAGUGUUACGAUUGAUCCAAUCAAUCGUAACUCUAUGGAAAUCCAUCUGUGUCAUAGUUUUUUUCUACAGAAAAUUUGCAAAAUGUCCUUUGUAAAGAGAAGCGUAGUGAAUUUUCAAGAAAACAAUGAAUGCAUAAAUAUGUACUUCACAGUUGGAAAAUAUUUUGAACAAACAUUCCUAAUAGAUGUUGACGUUGCUGGCCGUCCAUUGUUGUGAUUGAUCGGAUCAAUCGCAACUCUUUGUAAGAUUGGCCCUGGAGUCCCAGGAGAUUUGCCAGAGGCAAUUUCAUCUAUAGUAGAUGAUAUAAAAGUGCUGAAAAGGAUAAAUCACAAGACAUAUGUCAGCAGAAUUUGUUGUCAAUGACGAUGGAUAUUUCGACUGCCAGCUGUAACCCUAAAUAUUUGUUGAAAUGGUAGGUUUAUAGCCAUACAUCCUUUGUGGAGUUAAAAUUAUAAAUUACUUGUUCCAAAUAAAUGGCUUGAUGAUUAUAAUGUUGGUGACAUUUCCGUUACAAAUUUUUAUAUUUUUUGCUGUCUGUACUGAUCAUACCAUGUCAGUACACUAUUCCAAGAAAGACAGAAAGUUGCAGAAUCACAUUUCUGUCAUUCAUGCAUGCCUAUGAAAUGCCCCUUUUUUCAUGUCUGUAAGAGCUCAAUUUAUUUUACAUGUAGUUCAGGAAGUCUAUUAUGAAUUAUACCUGAAUCAUGAAAAUUCUCAAGGAGAAAAAAAAUGCUGAAAUAUAAGCUUAUAUAAUUAGGUAACGGUGGUUUGUAACAUUUUAUCUUUUGUAUCCACUAAAAUGUAUCCUCCAGUAUCAUAGCUAUGUGGAGUUGAACCAACAUCAAUACAUUUUUAUUUACAGUUACAUGUAGGUCUGCACAAGUCUACAUGUACCUUCCAGGUUAAUGAUUGCCUAAAACAAAGCAAUUUUUUUCAUACAAUGACAAAUUAUGUCAAAUGUGUAAAUAUUAACCCUCUUGGAAGUACAGAUUCCUGUUUUCUAAUGAAGUUAGACUUGGGCAGUUAAACUGUAUAUUCUAUCAUGCAUUGGCAAUAAGAAAAGAAAUCGCUUUCGAUAAUAUUUUGGGCCUUUGGGGGGGCCUGUAUCAAUUUGAGUAUUAAUUUGCAUGUUUAAUCAUUUGAUAUAUGACACCUCGAUCAUUCAGCCGUGCAAUUUUGGAUCCAUAUGAUUUUGUCCAUUACGAGCGGAUCGAUACAGGCAGGCACUUCACUCGUGUUUACAGUGCGCAUGUUUAAUAUGUACGCGACAAUAAAAAAAAACGAGCUCGCAUGAGCCUAUUUUGCAUCAAAAUUGAUAAUUCAUAUGAAAAAGAAUAUAUAUUUAGGUGUCAUAUAAACCAAAUAAUGAAUGUUAUUUCCAUCCAUGCAAUGGACAGAAUACUUCAUUAGGUGAGAGAUGAAAUGAAUGAUCCAUUGUACUCAUAAACAUGUUUUUAAAAUUUCCUCCUCCAAUCAAAACUUGCCGACUAAGGAAUGUUUUAUUAGACUUAUAAUCAUUGUGCCAAUAUUUCUAAUUGUAGACAUGUCCAUUCUAUUACAAUUUUAUACAUGUAUUAGACAUUUCUUGCUCUUAGAUUCAUUAUGAUAGUCACUUUAUAUUUUCCUAUAAAAAGUACAAACUUGCAAUGUAUAUAUUAAAGUUAUUAAUCUUGGUUUCGAGACAAAUGUGAUUGAUAUAUGAAAAAUAUGACAUAUAUUCUCAGUUUUGUAGAUGUAUGCUUAAUAUUAUGCCAAAUUGAAUUAGCCCACAGAUCUCUCCUUAAACCCAGCUGGGAUUUUUUGUAUACUGUUACGUCAUCCUGCUUGUUCGAUUUACAAUAUGUAAACAAGAAUUCAGGGUUCCCAGCCCGUCAGGGAAAAUUAUUUUACUUUUUUUCAGUCAGGGGAAAUCAGGGAUUUAAAAAGAAAUACCUCAAAUCAGGGGAAAAUGCCUCGAAUGAGGGAAAAAUCAGGGAAUUUUGAUCAGCCCAAAACUCGAAAGCCUGGUAGUCAGUCAGCCUCUGGUAAUAUUUUGUUGCAUAUUAAAACAUCCAUUGAAUGACUAACAUUAUUGUAUAAAUACUGAAAAUACAUGUAAUUCACUGUAACAACUUACAAAACAUGGGAAACUGGGAAUGGGUUUAUAUAAUUAUCAGGGGAUUUUUAAACUUCAUCAGGGAAAAUCAGGGAAUUUUGUUUUCUUGAAAAGCUGGGAACCCUGAGGAUAUAUAAUCAGGGGCUCGAUAUUGAAAGAGUUGUGUUUAAAUGUCACUUGAAAAAUCAAGUGCCAUUGCAUGCUUUUGAUUGGUUGAAAAUUAAGUUGCCUUGGGUGGCAACUAUUUUUGCAAUUUGGCUCAACUGAAUUCAGAGAGAAAUUUAUAUUAGUAAAAAAACAUCACACUCAUGAGGCCAGAUAAACAUGUCUGUCACUUUCACUUAAUAGAAAUUUAAGAUUGCACCGUCGAUUGCUCUCGGAUAAAAAUGCGAGUGCAUUUAGGUUUUUUUUUGUUUCAUGUCCGAUUUAUUAAAAAUCUAAAGGGGUAGUUCACCCUAACAAAAUGUUUAUUGUAAAAUAGCAGAUAAAAUGAUAAUGGUGAGGGUUUGAGAAAUUCUAUAAAAGAUUAAAAAGGUUAGUUUCAUUUCUCGACUUGUGACGUCAUAUGCAAGUAGCUUUCCAUGUAUCAUGAAUUAGUAACUCAGUGAAUGUAAUUUUCUCAUAAAAUGAUAAACAGUUUUAUUUUACCUUCAAUAUAUCAACAGAUGGAUUAUUUCCCACCUGCUCCUGAAAAAAAAAAUUGUAGCCAUCAUGAACCAUUAAAAAUUGAAAUUCAUGUAUUUUAAUGUUAUAUAAGACAUCUGCAGCUGUGCAGUUUAUGAUGUUACAAAUCCAAAACAUGAAAAUCUAAUAACUUUCUUUAAAUCUUGAUGGAUUUCCUUCAAACCUUCACCAUUAUUUUUCAGGUAUUUUAACAACAAACUAUUUGUCAGGAUGAUCGCCCCCUUUAAAUUUGCAAUAAUCACCAAGAAAAAAACAUGUAACAUCACUUUUUUUUUUAGAUGUCUUGUACUUAAAGUAGUAUGGAUUAAUUUUGCUUUUCCAACUCAUGUAUCGGGCGAUGUCUCAGGGGAAAAGUAUGUUUUAACUUGUACUAUUUAUGUAGCACAGAUAUUUCUUUAUUAGAAUUUUAUUGGACAUGCACAUAUCCAAAAGAAGUUUAGGUGUAUUCAAAAUAUCUCAUAAUGUAAUUUGUAUGUUAUUUCCUGCACAUGUAAGGUGAGAUGGGGUAAAUGUAAUGAAGUUCAAACUCCAAAGUCAAGCCAUGGAGAAAUUAUUUAACCCGAAUAAGACGGGGGGCGGGCUGAUUUAGCCAGCCCCCCCCCCCCCCUCAAUCUGAACCAAAAAGAAGCACUUUAGGGGCAUUAUUUAAUUAAAGGGGAUUGAAACAUUUGGAACAAGUAGGCUUGUGUCGAAACAGAAAAAUCAAAGAAUAAGAACAAAGAAAGUUUGAGAAAAAUUGGACAAAUAAUGAGAAAGUUAUGAGCAUUUGAAUAUUGCAAUCACUAAUGCUAUGGAGAUCCUCCUAUUGGCAAUGCGGCAAGGAUGUGUGAUGUCACAUGUGAACAACUUUCCCUUUGAUGGACUAUAAAAUACCCUCAAAAUGUCACCUUUUGCUUUUUCUUAUGGUGAUACAAACUGUUUAUCCAUUAUGUUUUCUUUAAAAAUCUGUAUUACUUGCCCUCCUAUAGAAACAACACAUGAUCUACUGAUAGAUGUGAUAAAAGAGGCAAUUUAAGUGAAAUAUAUACUAAAGUAAUGGGGAGUUGUUCACAAGUGACAUCACACAUAUUUGUCGCAUUGCCAAUUUGAGGAUCUCCAUAGCAUUAAUGAUCACAAUAUUCAAAUGCUGAUAACUUUCUCAUUAUUUGUCAGAUUUUUCUCAAACUUUCGUUGAUCUCUUUCUUUGAUUUUUCUGUUUCCACACAAGCUAUCUUGUUCUAAAGAUUUCAUUCUCCUUUAAUUAGAGCAAACUUUUGAUUUUACACAUAAAUUAGCAUACAUGUAAUUAGCAAUGAGAUUUUCACAGAAUUUGAUCUUGUUUGUUUGUUGAUUAUGCCAUGGGUAACGUGCGUGCCAAUUUUCGUCGUGUUUGAUGGCUGAGAUCAUAAGGGGGGCUGAAUCAGCCCCCCCACAUCUUCUUAGGCGUCAAAAUAGCCCAGUCUGUUUCGGGUUAAUUACAUAACAAAAUACUUGCAGUAAAAAUUGGAAAAAAUCUAAAGAUGUCUUUAUUUUUUCACUAGUCAGUUGAAUGGAUGUUUUCUACAGAUUUUGAAUUCUUAAGAUUUCAUGCUGUUUAGAGAUGACAUAAACCACAUUGUAACUACAGAAUGAAUUGCAAUAAAAUUAUCUUUUUAUUCACGACAAAUGAA